AUGGUAGGGUGCAAAACUUCUGGCUAGCGGUGAAUUGCGCAUCACAUAGAACAAUCCCACUGAAUUUGUUCUUUCAGCGAACUUGGGUGUAAUGUUACCUGCACAAAGCUAAUUAAUUAUCCACCUCCUACCUCUGUUUCAUUACAAGUGACCGGUGAGUGAAACGUGACCUGUGAAAACCUUGCAGCUAAUCCUCGUAAACCAAGUAGUAGUAGUGACCUGGUCAAUGAAUAUAGGCAGUAACACUUCUUUAGCCCCACAGUUCCCUGUGUCCCAACUGAAUUUCUCUCGGCAAAUCAAGGGAAAUGAAACAGAGAUUAUGAUUUCGAGUUAUGAAGAUCAUUUUCUGGUUAUUGCCACUCAAAUAGGAACCAUGGGGACAAUAUUGUAUGCCAGGAAGGAAGAAGCGGUUUCUAUUAAUCCAACAUUCAAUGUUUCUGUUAUAUUUGGCAAACGGGAUGAGCCAAUGUUAGUAGCAUGCGCACGCCAGCUGAUUGAACAUAUGAGCGUGUCUGGCUCCUCCCGGCCAUUGGUGCUGUCACUUGGUCUUAAAGACCAUUCUGCGGAGACACUGAAAGGCAUUAUUUCUGCUGUGGUCGACAAUAGAAUGUGGUAAGAAAUUGCUGAUGAAAUAUCAACUUAAGUUUAGCAUGCAGAACUGCUGAGCUCAACCUUGUGGAGUUGGCAGUGACUUUAACUACUGUUUGCUGAUACCUAAAGAUUUUCCAGUAAAUUCAAUAUUGAAUUGCUGACCGUUGCACUUUCAUAUCGUAGAAAGCGGUUGACAUUUAUUGCUGCAAGAUAAUCAGUUAAUUUCCUUUUCAUUUCCUGAAAUCAAUGACCAUAUAAGAUUGCACCAUUGAAUGUGAAUUCAUAGGAGUAUAAAUAAUAUCAAAAUUU